ACCGCCUAUAGUACAAGUAUAAAUUCAAACCACGGUUCAAGCACAUUCAUAUACUGUUGUUAAAUGAGAUACAAAAACACUCUGGAAUCUCCAAGAAAUGAAAAAAUGAGCGCUUUCUGGAUUUUAAUUUUGAUCUUCAUGACCACGUAUACAGUCCAACCUGGUAGACGCUGGGUUACUGCACAAUCCCUCACAGAGGCACCAGUUUAUCAGCCUGAUAAAGAGCUCAGUGUGAAUAUUGGAAACUCGGCUACUCUGCGGUGUUGUGUUUCUGGAGAACAAAUCCAAAUAAUAGACUGGUUUAAGCAACCAAACAGAGAAAAACCUCAGAUUAUAGUCACGGUAUUUAAAGAUGCUAAAGAAACAUUUUACAAUGGAUUCCAAGAGUCUCGUUUCCAUAUAGAAAGAUCUUCAAACUGCUUCAAUGUGACCGUUUUAAACAUCAUUCAGUCUGAUGAAGCCAUGUACUACUGUGCACUGACGAGACCCAACACUGUGUUUGCAGAUGGAACUUAUUUAAAAAUUAAAAGUGAUCAUGUUACUAUUGCAUCAGAAACAUCUAAACCAGCUCUGUGUGAUAAUUCAGAGUACUUCAAAAAUAUCACACUACAUGGAAACGACACUAACAGUAGCACACACGAGAAAACAGUGUUCGCUUUGGGAACGGCGUUGGGCUUGUGUGUACUUCUGAAUUUCUGUCUUACUUGUUGCAUACUGAGAAGAAAAUAUGAUAAAAUGGACACUUCUAUAGAAAGUUCCCCAAGAAAGGGGCAGGAAUCUGGUGCUGAAACAGUGAAUUACGCCGCUUUGCAAUUCCGAAAGAGGAACGCCAAAGCUGAGAAAAGAAAAACUGGCUCAGAUGAAUGUGUGUACUCUGAUGUAAAAUUAAACAUUCAGCAUUGUUCAUCAUGAGAUAAUGCCACAACUACAAAAGCAUUAAAAUGAAUAAUUUAAGUUUUUCUUACUUGAUUUAACAAAAAAAAACAAAAAACACAAACAUGGUCUUACAUUUUAUUCAGAAAAUUUCUCAUUUCUGUUUAAACAAAAUGACUAACAAUGAAAAAAAGUAAUGGUCCAUUAUUAGUGUAUUUUUUUUUUUAAAGGGUGUGGGUUAUGGUUUUAAAUGUACGUCAAGAACUUCGACAUUGAAAUUAACUAGGGUACUGGCACCCUGUCUAGGGUGUACCCCACCUUGUGCCUGAUGCUCCCUGGGAUAAGCUCCAGGUUCCCCGUGACACUGAAAAGGAGUAAGCAGUAGAAGAUGGAUGGAUGGAUUAACUAGGGGCAGGGACUGUUCGAUUCAUCCAUGUCAUGGCUUGAGCCAUGUAAAUGGCUUAUUUUAGAAAGUCAGGCAGGUUUACUGGUAUGAAUGAGAAACCAGAGAAUACAGUGAGGAGUAUUAAAUGUCAUUUCUGCCUUCACAA